CUGAGCUCUGAUCGGCUGUGUUCCAUCAUGAGUCGGUGGCGUCGUUCGGUGGAUGAGCUGACAGCAGGACGGCGGCGGCAGCAGGCAGAGUGUGAGCGCGCUCAGAAUGCUCUGAGUCGGGUCACUUCCUGCUUCCAGCAACUGGCAGCGUCACUGGGAAGUUCAGCCGACAGCAGCUUCCUACGGGAAGAGAUGGACGAGACGAGAGCGCUGGCUCACCGGAUCUGCUCAGGUCUGUCUCGCCGCCUGCUGCGCCUGCUGUCAGCCUGUGACUCCGCCCCCGUUGCCGUGGAUGACAGACAUGCUUCAGAGCGACUGUGGGUUCUCUUCCUGUCUGCAGUGGAGAACUUCCUGUCUGACCUCCGCAGGGCCAAAGAUCUGAUUGGUCAGUUCCCCCUGACCCAGCGCUCCAGCAGACGCUCACUGGUGAACACAGGAUGUUCCGACGGCCCGGUGGGUCUGGCGGCCCUGGCGCUGGUCCAAGUCCCCUGGCUGGUUCUGGAAGAAGAACCCAGUCCAGAUCUGACCAAUCACAUCGCAGGCCUGGAGGCCCAGCUGGGUGAGCUGCAGCAGAGGGUCCCGGUGGCGUUCUGGUCGGAGUCGACCCAGCCGGCGUGGGCCGAGGCUCUGAGCGACGCCGAGGAUCCGGAGGAAAGCCUGGAGGACUUGAUGGGUGUGGCGUCGUCCAGUGGCACCAAGCUGCCCGCCUGCUGCCAGGGAACCUGCUGCUGGGUCGGAUAG